CCCCCCGCACAUCCCUACGGGCCCAAACCAAACACCGACCCGCACCGCACGUCUCCUCCCCUCUCUCUGCUCUCCGACCACUCCCCCUCCCUCCCCUCCUCACCGCCGCCGCCGCAGCAAACCCUGCACCGCGGCCGCACCGAUCCAUCGCUCGCGCUAGGGUUUCCGCCCGCCCGCCUCCCGCGGCUCCACCGGAUCGGCUCGAUUCGCGCCAAGGGCGGCUGCUUCGUGCUCCGAGGCACCCCUCGCCGCUGUGGCCCGUUUGCCGCUGGGGUGUUCUGUGGUCGGCUGCUGUUGGUGGCGGGGGACUAGGCUUUUGACUCCGCCAGGCGGAGGGGGCAUUAGUUGGCGCGCGCAUGGGGAUGGUGCCCAACGGGCUCCUGCCCAAUGCGUCGGCCGGGGUGAUGCGGCGGCUCGACCCCGAGCGCUGGGCCGUCGCGGAGGGCCGGACGGCCGAGCUGAUCGUGCGCAUCCAGCCCAACGCGCACUCCGAGGGGCGGAGGCAGGCCGUCUACCGCUAUGUGCAGCGGCUCAUCAUGAACUGCCUCUCGUGCCAGGUUUUUACCUUUGGGUCAGUCCCUCUCAAGACCUACUUACCUGAUGGUGACAUUGAUGUCACUGCUUUUAGUAAUAGUGAAGAAUUAAAGGAGAUUUGGGCAAAUCUUGUCCGGGAUGCAUUGGAGCGUGAAGAGAAGAGUGAAAAUGUUGAAUUUCGUGUAAAAGAAGUUCAGUAUAUUCAGGCAGAGGUCAAGAUUAUUAAGUGUCUUGUGGAAAACAUUGUUGUUGACAUCUCAUUUAAUCAAGUUGGUGGAUUAUGUACUCUUUGUUUUCUUGAAGAGAUUGACAACUUGAUCAACCAUAACCAUUUAUUCAAGCGGAGUAUCAUAUUGAUAAAGGCAUGGUGUUUCUACGAGAGUCGUAUUCUUGGAGCUCACCAUGGUCUUAUAUCUACCUAUGCAUUGGAGACCCUGGUUUUGUACAUAUUUCAUAUAUUCAAUAAUUCUUUUACUGGACCACUUGAGGUAUUAUAUCGUUUCUUAGAAUUCUUCAGCAACUUUGAUUGGGAGAAAUUUUGCUUGAGCUUGUGGGGCCCAGUUCCUAUAAGUUCACUUCCUGAUAUGACUGCGGAGCCCCCGUGGAUGGAUAGUGGUAAAUUGUUGUUGAGCAAGUCCUUCCUGGAUACUUGCAAUUCUGCGUACGGAGUCAUGCCUCGCACCCAGGAGAGCCAGGGUCAACCAUUUGUUUCAAAGCACUUCAAUGUAAUUGAUCCUUUACGUACAAACAAUAACCUUGGAAGAAGUGUCAGUAAAGGCAAUUUUUUUAGAAUACGCAGUGCUUUUGCAUUUGGGGCCAAAAGGCUGGGAAAGUUACUUGAAUGUCCAAAAGAAGAUUUAAUUGCUGAAUUAAAUCAAUUCUUCACAAAUACAUGGAUAAGGCAUGGGAGUGGCAGUCGUCCUGAUGUGCCUACCCUAAGUCUGGCUGAUGUGCGGCCUCUGAAGGUUGUUCCUGCUGUAGUGUCAAACAGUGACAGAACUGUAACAACAUUCAAGAAAAAGGUUGAAAAUCCUAAGCUUCGUGCUAAUCAGGAUAAUUUUACUGAAGUUGGUCAUAGUGAUUCUGACCCUUUUCACACAAGUGACCUACACUAUCAGAAUCUGCCAAGAACAGUUAAUCCUUCUGUUUCACAUGCUCAGCACCAAAAAGUUAAUGCAACACAGGGCAAUGCCAAGGUUUCUGAACAGCUUGAAAGAAACAACUCUGCUGGAUCGAUGCAAGGUGAAAGGGAUAAGAGAGGGCCAAAUGCUCUCUUUAUCAACGACAGAAAUGGGCAAAACAGGUCUAGAUUUGCAAGAACCCAAUCCAGUCCUGAACUGACAGACUCUUCUGUUGAAGGGUUUCGUGGUAGGCGGACUAGAGUGGUUGAUAUGGAAAAAUCUCUGAAGGUUGAUUACAGUAGCAGAAGAAGUGUCUUGGUUCCAGAAGUGUCUAGUAACCACAGCGCUAAGUCUUCACAGGAUGAAUCAAUGUCUUCCAUGAACAGAUCAUCUCACCCUAGUGCAAAAGCAGCUUCUGACUCAAAUAAUGUUACAAGCAGCUAUCGUGAAGAUAAUGGUUUUGUGAUAAAUGAAGAACUUCCUUCUGUCUCUGAAUCAUCAGAGAUGCACUAUGAUGAACAAGUUCUGGUUAAUUUAAUGGCAUCAGCGAAGUUGCAUGGUUUUAAUGGACAGGUUCAAUUGCCAAUGCAAAUACCUUCUAAUCUGCCUGUAGCACAUUCCCAUUUACUGGCUCCAACAGCUUUAUCUCAAAAGCAUUUGGCCGGGAUUCCACCAGCUAGCUUAAUUGGGACACCAUGGUCGCCCGAUAUGCAGUUCUUCCACGGAUUCGUUCCACCACAUGUGACCCAUUACAUAGACAAUCCAACUUUUGCACCAAACGUUGAGGAUGGCCAUGAGAGUGAGAAGCCUAUUACAUCAGAUGCAAAGCAUGAUGCUGGAUUUUCUAGACACUUUGAUCCUGAAGGAAGAGAUCCUCACAUCUAUGAUAUUGAUGGCAAGGAACAUUCCUCUUUGCCUAAUGGUGUACCUGGUGCCACCUUGGAAAGGCAGAUGGAACUUACUGUUGAGGAUAGUUGUGUAGAUGAUCAAAACUAUACCAGCAUGUUUCGAAGUCAAACAAGUAGAGAAGUCGAUGUAGACUGCUCUAUGAGGAGUGGAUAUGUGAGUCUUCCUUCUCAUGCCAGUUCUUCUAGUGGCAAAGCUCUGGAUGCGAGUUCAUGGGAUGAAAUGACUGUAAAUACAUCUAGAUCAUCAAGAGACAAAUGGGGGAAAAUGCCUGCCUUUGCAGCACCUGCCACAACCACACAUAGCAGGACUGGCUGGCAGAUGUUAAAUACUACGGGGCAUCUCCCAACUCAAGUUGAUGAUGACCCCAGAAAUGGGGCAGUAGUACCAAUCAUUAAUGAAGCUUCUGAGAUAUUAUCAGGGCCUGACCCUUUUUCAAGGCAAUCAAGAAUUAGUCAAGUACCAAAUGAUUUUGAUCCAUCACAGAUCGGCAUGUCUAAUCCAGUGUUUGCACCUUUUCUUAUUGGUUCCCCUCAGCAGAGGCAAGCUGAUAGCUCUGGACUGACUUUUGUUCCAACAGGUCCACCAGUUCCUUUUGUUGUGCUCCCAUUUGUUCAAGGGAAUAGUGAUGGUUCUGUUCCCCAGUUUGAGAGAACUGAAGGAAUUGAUCAGCUUCCUGCCAAUAUCAGAGGUCAAAGUUUUAGUCCACUUAAUGAUGUUCACCAACCAGAUACCAAUGCUACCUCAACAGCAUCAUGCAGUAGUAUGGCUGAGCCAUCCGAUGAACACAAGUGUGACAUCUUGAACAGUGAUUUUGCUAGCCAUUUGAGGAAUUUACAGUAUGGGCGAUUCUGCCAGAAUGCACGUCCCCUGGGUCCUGUUUUAUACCCUUUUGCGGUCCCACAAGCAUAUUUGCAGGGCCAUGCUCCAUGGGAUGGGCCUGGAAGACCAGCUGCACCAAAUGUUAACUGGACACAUAUGGCGGGCCCUAGUCAACGAGUAUUUCCUGUGAUGCCUCUACAACCUACUACAGAAAGAGCUACUGGUGUUCUCCAGCACUAUGGAGAAGAUGUACCCAGAUACCGUGGAGGCACAGGAACCUACUUGCCGAAUCCUAAGGUACCAUUUAGGGACCGGCGCUCAAGCUCAAGAAACUACAGAGGAGGUUAUAAUAGUGAUAGGAGCGACCAUAGUGAUAAGGAAGGAAGAUGGAUAAACUCGAAACAACGAAAUCCAAACCGCAGCUAUGGACGCGGCCAAUCAGAGAGGCCUGAUAGAAGGGCCACUGAUGAGACUCAGUCUGACAGGCAGCGACGAACCUAUAGAAAUGACUCGUACAGGCAUGAGGCGGGCGCUCAAUAUCUUGUGCAGGGCCUUUCUUUGGGGUCUACAAACUCUAUGCGCAAACCAGGGAACGUAGCGCAUGGGGUUUAUACACCACCAUCUACAGCUGCAAAUGGUGCUGGUACUUAUUCUGGCCUUCCAGGACCACCAAUUUUUAUGGUGUGCUCAUAUGAAUCAGGCGCAAAUCAUUGUGCUUCCUCAUCUGAACCAAUUGAAUUUGGUUCACUUGGGUCACUUCCCACAGCAGACGGUGAUGAUAUACCACGACCCACACGUCAAGUAAUGCCUAAUGGGUUUUAUGGGCAAAGGCGUGGUUCAUAUAGGGGUGGCUCCUCCCAUUCAUCUCCUGAUCAACCGUCCUCACCUCAGCCUCACAGCAUUUGGUGUCACAAAAGCUGAAGUUUGUGUUUCUGCUCGCUUUCAAGGUAGUUGAGUCCUAAUAUGACGGCUCGGUCACUUGGUUCUGGCAUCGAAACCUGGUGACACCAGUAUUUCGCUCCACUGCUCGUGGUCAUGUUCUACAUGGGUGCAGAUGGUUGGGCCAUCAGCUACUGACAAAAACAAGUAUGUGCCCUAGCUGGUUUCUUGGUGCUUUGUGAUGUGUAAAUACCAUCAAAAGAGGCAUCAGUCAUCAGCACGUUAUCACUGUUUAUUAUGGUGCUUCCUGAAAUCAAAGCAACAAUCUUCAGGAUAAAUCAUGGAACUGAGAAUAUCUUCAUGCAGGAUUGAGCUAGAGAUUAUGAGCAAUGAUUAACUGAGAAUUACUCCCAUUAUUCAUUACAUCUGCAUCGAAGAUAACAAUUAGGCUGAAUGGAGCAGGAACAAACAUUUCCGCGUCAAUAUGAAAGACAAGCCUGGAAGAUUGUUGGAUUUUACAACCAUCGUCUGGACCUGUGUAACUGAAAGCUGAUAAUGAAUUCCUGUCUGUAGGUAGAAGCAAGAUCGUGUAAUCAUUAGUUCACAUACAACAGACUUUUCGCUUAGAUGUAUUAGGAGUUAGGUGAACCCUAGAUUGCAAAUUCUCGUGGUGUUUCUAGCCGGAGGGACAUAACUAUUCCCGAAUAUUCUCCGUCUCACGCACGAGUAAAAUUGAUCCAUGAAUCUAUCUACCUCUGUCCCAUAUGUGCGUCAUGUGGUGGUUUAUCCUGUGCCAUUCAA